AUGGAAGUGCCCGGACUUCAGAAUUAUCAAAUAGGUGAUUGCCUUGGAAAGGGUGCUUUUGGUAGCGUAUACAGAGCCUUGAAUUGGUCUACUGGCGAGACAGUUGCUGUAAAGCAGAUACAAUUGAGUGACAUACCCAAAUCACAUUUAGGCGAUAUUAUGUCUGAGAUUGAUCUUCUAAAAAAUCUCCAUCACCCUCGUAUAGUACGUUACGGUGGAUUCGUAAAAACUAAGGAUGCUCUUUACGUUAUUCUAGAAUAUUGUGAAAAUGGUUCUUUAGCUUCAAUAUCCAAGCGAUUUGGUAAAUUUCCUGAACCUUUAGUAGCUGUAUAUAUAUCCCAAGUUCUCGAAGGUUUACAAUAUUUACACGAUCAAGGUGUAUGUCAUCGUGAUAUAAAGGCAGCAAAUAUUUUGGCAAUUAAAGAUGGCUCUGUCAAAUUAGCCGAUUUUGGUGUAGCAACACAAGCGCAUCUAGCUGAUAACUCCGUUGUUGGUAGCCCUUUUUGGAUGGCACCUGAAGUUAUUGAGCAAUCAGGUGCAAGUACUGCAUCAGACAUUUGGAGUGUUGGUUGUGUCGUUAUAGAGCUACUUGAAGGCAGACCUCCUUACUCCCAUCUCCCACAAAUGAGUGCAUUAUGGGCUAUAGUUCAGAAUGAUCAAAUGCCUAUUCCUGAAGGCUCUUCACCCGUAGUUAAAGAUUUCCUACUUCAUUGCUUUCAAAAGGACUCAAAUUUACGUAUUACAGCGAAAAAAUUGUUGAAACAUCCCUGGAUGCGUCAAUUUGACACAAAUCAAUCAGUAGGAAAACCUAAUAGUAAACAAUCUAUAUUAUACAAAAACAAUACCCCAAUCAAAGAACAUGAAACUUAUGAUGUUGCCGUACAAAAAGUGCAAGAAUGGAAUGAAGCCUUAAAAUCACCACCCAAGAGCUCAAAAACACAAGCUGCUUUGUUUCCGGUACGUGAUGGAAAGAAUACUUUUUCACCACUUCGGAGAACUUCGCUCAACAAUGGUAGUCCAUAUGCUCUCACUUCUGCUAACCAACAAACCGGAAAACCAUUUACGGUUAGAAAUGAUAAAAGGGAAAACGUCUUAAGUAAAACACAAGAAGAUGAAGAAGAUAAUUGGGAUGAUGAUUUUGCUGGAACAAUAACAUUUUCUAAAGGACAAGAUUUUGGGACGACAGACUUUGGUAAACCUCCUUCUGAUGAUAAUACCCAAACGAUCAAAGUUAAUUCUGCACAAACAAGCCAAGAACUUGCCAAAGAACCAGUUUCUAUGACAAAAUCUGUGGAAGACUACUCCGAUUUAGGUGGUGAUGAAGAUGAUCAAGUUCUUAAUGAAAAAAUAUCUAGCUUGAAACUAAAAGGAGGUCUUUUCCAUCCUAAUGAUUUGAAUAAGCUUAAGGAAGAACCAGUAUCGCCAAAGCAAACCCUAUUAACAAUACCACAAAAGAAACAAAUCCUACCUAAAAGACCGUCACCACCACCUUCACUACGUUCACAUAGUCGAUCCCAAUCGAAUACAUCUUCAAGUGCAAUAACUAGUAUUGAGCAAGAGAGGAAAGCAAGUGAUCUUGCUAAAUAUUCUGAAGCUGAUGAUGAGAACUUUGAUGAUGUUUUCGGUAAAGCACCACCUUUAACUCCUGGUGAAAGUGGACAGACUUUACAACUGACAACGAAAUUAUCAAACAAAUCAUGGUUGGGUGAUGAUUUCCCUGAUGAUGAAGAUCCGUUUGCACAAAUUGAGGAUGAUUUUGCUGAAAAUGAUCUUGAAUCAAACCUAAUUAGAGAUAGACAUGCAAGAUUGUGUGUGAUGGUGAACGAUUUAGUUAAUCAAUUGGAAGCAGGUCAAAAUGAUGAUAAACUUAAUGAAGUAAUUGAUAAAUUACUGAAUAUUUUAGGUGAAUUCCCAGACAUGCACGCUCAAUUUGUUAUUGCAAGAGGAAUGUUAUCAACACUUGAAGUUUUAGAGAGUAAACCAGCGAAAGACGUCAUUUAUAAAUUACUGCGUAUUAUUAAUCUCAUUGUCUCAUUUGAUCCUAGUCUAGUUGAAUCGUUUUGUCUGGUUGGUGGAAUAGCAGUAGUUAUGACAUACGCUAGUAAACGUUAUUCACAUGAGCUUAGACUUGAAGCAGCGACAUUCGUUGCACAUGUCACUCACACGAGUGUAUUGACAUUACAGAUGUUCAUUGCUUGUCGUGGUUUCAAAGUUUUAGUAGAAUUACUUGAUGAAGAAGCACAAGAGUUAGUCUAUGAAGCGGUAUCAGCUAUAUCAAGUGUAUUUGAAUCACAUACACUUACAACGAAGACUGAUUUUUGUAGAAUAUUCGCAAAAGAAGGUCUUUUAGAACCGUUAUCAGAAGCACUUACAUCUGCACUCAAAGAUAAUUCUGAUGAAGCAACUGAAGUUAUAGAUUUAUCAAGUAAGAUAUGUCUGUUAUUUGCUCAAGUUGGACAAAAUGAUAGCGUAGUUUUGAAUGCGCUAGGCACACGUAGCAUACUCAGGAGAUUAUUAAAAGCUUGUGAAAGCCUUUGCGAGAGUAAAAAUAUGUCGGGGUUAUUAAUCACUCUACUGAAAACGUUCAAACAUAUCUCAACAUCAGCAGGUAUGCUUGAUGUAUUGCAAAAUAGUAAUGCUAUCGACGUUUUUGUGAGGGUUCUAGAUAAAUGUAAGGAAGGUGAACGUAGUAGUGAAAUAUCUUCUCAAGUAUUGCAAAUAUUCUUCUCACUAACCAGACUUUCACCAAGUAGGCAAGAGGAAGCAGCUCAAGCAGGUCUCAUUCCUUUGAUGAAAAGAGUAUACGAGGUAUCUUCGCCACUAAAACAAUUCGCGUUACCAAUGUUAUGUGAUUUUGCUCAUGCUGGAAAGAGUUGCCGUGCUUUACUAUGGAGGCAUAAUUGUUUGGAAUUAUAUAUCUUGUUACUUCAAGACCCAUACUUCCAGGUAUCGGCGUUGGAAGCUAUUCUAGUUUGGUUACAAAAUGAAACAGAUAGAGUAGAAAGUAUGCUCAUCAAUCCAAAAUCAUUAGAUAUCUUACUCUCAAUGUUUAUUCAAGCAAAGGCAAACAUGUUUGAAUCAUUACUUGAACCACUAUUAAAGACCUGUAGGAUUAGUAAAGGAGUUGUUUUGGGUAUUGCUAAAUCCGCAUUCUUUAAAAAGCUAAUUGAGAAGUUAUCACAUCAUAAGGCACUAGUUAGAUUGAAUCUAUUACGUAUUCUAAGAGUCGUAUUGGAGAUACACCCGGAAUGCAAGUUUAUUGUGCAACAUUAUCGCAUUGCAGAGACUAUUACAAGAUUGGCGGCUACAGACUCAGCGAUCUUAGUACGUGAGCUUAGCAAGGAGAUAGCAAACGAAUUAAGAGAGGGAAAAUUCUUAUCAACACCUACAUUUCAACGGAGAUCGACGUCAGAUAAUAGUAUACUACCUGUUGGAAGAAGCUAUAGACCACAGAAAAGGAUACCAUCAAGAGGAUUUUGAUUUGGAUAACUAAUUUAGAUCAUUCCUUAUUGUCACAUAACAAUAAAUACAUAAU